AUGCAGCCUGAUAUUGACGUUACAUCCGCCCUAACAUGGGCCAUCUCAGCCCUUGCCCUUUUUUUCCUAGUAAAAUACAACUGGAAAAGACGCUGGCUGUACUAUCACGGCUCCAAAAUCGACGGCCCUUUUGGCUGGCCCAUCAUUGGAAGCGCCCAUUACUUCAUCGGGGGCCAAAAAGUAUUUUACCAAAAAAUGGUCAAAGUGUUUGAAACCCAACCGUCCGUUUUCAAAUUCUGGUUAGGUAAGGAUUUGUUAGUGGUGACCUCAAAACCGGAAGAUGUUGAAAUCGUGUUAAACAACAACAGUUGCUUCGGAAAACCCAAGUUUUACGAUUUUGCCUUUAAACUGUUCAGGAAUGGGCUCUUAAUAGCGCCAGCGAGCAUUUGGAGGGAUCGCAGACGUGUGAUUAACCCGACUUUUAAUCCCAAAAUUUUGAAUUCGUUCAUCGAGAUUUUCGGCAAACAUGGGAAUAAAUUAGUGAAAGUUCUUGAAGAAAGUUGCAGUGAGAGUGAUAUUUUUUUGAAAUUAUUUAGGUGCACUUUUGAUAUCGCCUGUGAGACACUGGCUGAUGUCGACAGCGAGCUAAUCAAAGGGCAGGAUAAGUACCUUCAGACCGUAAUAAGAAUGGAAGAUAUUUUGGCAAUUCGUUCGUUCAGUAUUUGGCUUCACCCUGACUUCCUCUGGAAGCGUUCUUUCUAUGGAAAAGAGAUGGAAAAAGCGUCUGCUGAAGUGUUCGCUUUCGUGAAACAAAUUUUGGCCUUGAAGAAAGCAUCGGUUACUGACGAUGAAAAUUACAAGAAGAAACGUUUCCUGAACCAUUUAUUAACAACAAGUGAGACAAACCCACAAAUAGACGAACUCGCAAUUUUGGAAGAAAUCCAAACAAUCCUGGUGACAGGAAGCGAAACCACUGCUAUCACAAUUGGGAUGGUUUUCAUUAUUUUAGGGAUAUAUCCAGAAAUUCAGGAAAAAGUGAGAUCGGAACUCGAGUUAAUUUUGGGCCCCGAUGACCGGGAAAUAACUCUGGAAGACAUAAAUAACCUGGAAUAUUUAGAACGUGUGAUUAAGGAAACCUUGAGAGUGCUCCCAAUCGUCCCACUGAUCACCAGAACGGUGGAACAGGACGUGAAACUGGGCACUAAAACCAUCCCAUCUGGUAGUUUUGUCCUGGUUCCCAUUGCUUCCAUUGGUAAAAAGGCCGAAUUUUGGGCGGAGCCGAAAAAAUUUGACCCUGAUCGGUUUUUGCCCGAAAAUAAUGCCAAUCGGCCACGGUGUUCUUUUAUUCCGUUUAGUUACGGUCCCAGAAAUUGCAUCGGUUUCAAAUACGGUAUGAUGUCUCUGAAGGUGCUUUUGGCCACAGUUAUAAGAAAAUUCACCUUCAAGCCGUCACAGUAUAGGAGAAUUGAAGACGUCCGGUUGAUUUAUGGCAUGGUUGCGAAACCGAAACAUGGUUUUAAAGUGAAAAUAGAGAGGAUAAAGACUACAAUUGGAGUAGGCGCUGGUUGUGGAGUUGGCUCGAAAAUAAGCGGACCCUUCGCCUGGCCCAUCAUUGGCAGCGCCCAUCACUUCAUCGGAGGCCAGAAAGUGUUUUACAAAAACAUGAUCAAGUUGUUUGAGACCCAACCGCCAAUUUUCAAAUUCUGGCUCGGUAAGGAUUUGAUUGUUGUGACGUCAAGGCCGGAAGAUGUUGAGACUGUUUUGAGUAAUUGUUUCGGAAAACCGAAAUUCUACGAUUAUUCGUAUAAACUGUUCAGGGAUGGACUUUUGAUAGCGCCAGCAAAAAUUUGGAAAGAUCGCAGGAAAAUUAUUAAUCCGACCUUUAAUCCCAGAAUUUUGAACUCGUUCCUGGACAUUUUUAAUAAACAUGCCAAUCGGGUAGUUGAUGUUUUUGCGGAAGGUUGCGAUGCACUUUGGAUAUUGCCUGUGGUAAGACUUUGUAAAAUUUUUUUUACAAAAAUUAUGGAAAAAAUUUAUUUAGAGACACUUGCUGAUGUUGACAGUGAUUUAAUCAAAGGUCAGGACGCCUAUUUACAAAAAGCAAUAAGGAUGGAGGAUGUCUUAGCAAUUCGUUCGUUCAGCGUUUGGCUGCAUCCAGACAUCGUUUGGAACAAUUCCUCGUUUGGGAAAGAAGUAGCAAAAGCAUCUCCAGAAGUGUUCGGUUUUAUUAAACAAAUCAUAGGCUUGAAGAAAUUAAACCCAGUCCCGGAAGUUAGUGAAGAUUUUACGAUAGAGGACGAAUUUUGUAAGAAAAAACGUUUCGUUAACCAUUUGUUGACUGCCAGUGAGACAAACCCACAUUUUGACGAAUUGGCUGUUGAGGAGGAAACCCAAACUAUUCUUAUCACUGGUAGCGAAACUACAGCUAUCACAAUUGGGAUGGUUUUGAUUAUUUUGGGCAUAUACCCAGAAAUUCAGGAAAAAAUUAUGGACGAACUCGACCUAGUUUUGGGACCCGAUGACAGAACAAUAACUCUAGAAGACAUAAACAAAAUGGAAUAUCUGGAACGUGUGAUUAAAGAAACCCUGAGAGUACUUCCAAUCGUACCAAUAAUUUUACGUUCAGUGGACGAAGACAUAAAAUUAGAUCCUUACACAAUCCCGGCUGGUAGUUUCGUCUUAGUGCCAAUCGGUCACAUUGGCAAAAAACCCGAAUUUUGGAAAGAAGCAAACAAAUUCGAUCCUGAUCGAUUUUUGCCCGAAAAUAACUCGAAUCGACAUCGUUGUACGUUCAUUCCUUUUAGUUACGGGGCCCGAAAUUGUGUGGGUUUUAAAUACGGUAUGAUGUCCAUGAAGGUGCUUUUAGCAGCAAUUUUGAGGAAAUACAACGUCAAACCUGCACAGUAUAAAAGUUUGGAGGAGAUUGAGCUCAUUUUUGGAAUGGUGACGAAACCGAAGCACGGAUUUAAAAUAAAACUGGAGAAGAAGACAAAAAAAAUUUUCAACCAACAAGUAAAAAACAGCACGAAAAAAAUGUUUUCAAACGCGACAUCAGUUCUCUUAUAUACAUUUUUGACUUUAAUUUUAUUUCUCGUACUAAAAAAUUUUUGGAAAAAACGCCGCCUUUAUUAUUACGGCUCCAAAAUAAGCGGCCCUUUUUCCUGGCCCAUUAUAGGCAGCGCCCAUCUUUUCUUCAGCGGCCCCAAAGUAUUUUACAAAACAUUGGUCCAUUUUGUGGAAACCCAACCGGAAAUAUUUAAAUUCUGGUUGGGCCAACAUUUACUAGUCGUGACGUCACGACCGGAAGACGUCGAUUGUGUCGUAAAUAAAUUUUUCGAAAAAGGGCCAUUUUUUGAAUUUGGUAAACAAUUGCUCGGAGAUGGUUUACUAAGAGCUCCAGCUCACAUUUGGAAAGAUCGCCGAAAAAUGUUCAAUCCAACAUUUAGGACGAAAAUUUUGAACACAUUUAUUGGCACUUUUGGACGACAUGCCAAUAAACUGGUAGUGGAGCUUGAAGAGUGCUGUGGAAAACAAUCGUGUGACCUACUUUUCAAACUGUUGAGGUGUAGUUUAGAUACAGCGUGUGAAACUUUAACAGACGUUGACAGCACUUUACUGGAGGGAAAAGACAAUUAUUUACGAAAUAUGAUUAGAGUUGAGGAUAUUGUGUCAGUCCGUACUUUAAGUUUUUGGUACCAUGUUGAUAUCUUUUGGAAAAUGUCACCUCUAAGCAGAGAAAUGGAUAAAGGAUGUGAGGAAUUAUUUUCGUUCAUAAAACAAGUUAUAGAAUUAAAAAAAUUAAACCGAAGCCAGAACAAUAGAGAUAAAGAUAAUGCCAUCAAAGAAAAACUCUUUAUAAAUCAUUUACUAAACUUGAGUGAAACUGAUAGAAAAAUUGACGAUAGGGUUGUAGAAGAGGAAAUUCAAAAUAUUUUACUUACGAGUACCGAAACUUCAACUCUGGGAGUUGGAAUGGUUUUAAUAAUUUUGGGAAUAUUGCCAAAAAUACAGGGUAAAGUGAGUGAGGAACUGAAAACUAUUUUUGGUACGGAUGACAGACAGCCAACUUUGGAAGAUAUUAACAAGUUGGAGUACCUAGAACGUGUCAUUAAGGAGACUUUUAGGUUAUUUCCGGUAGUACCAAUGUUCAUAAGAUCAGCUGACCAUGACAUAAAAUUUGAUUGUUAUACAAUCCCAGCUGGGAGUAUUAUCCUGAUUCCAAUUUUUCAACUUAACAAAAAACCCGAAUUUUGGAACGAACCACAAAAAUUCGACCCUGAUCGAUUUUUACCAGAGAAUAACUCCAAUCGGCACCGUUGUACAUUUAUUCCGUUUAGUUAUGGGCCCAGAAAUUGUCUCGGUCUGAAGUACGGUAUGAUGUCGAUGAAAGUCGUACUAUCGACUGUUUUACGAAAUUAUACGAUUAAACCAACUGUUUAUAAAAAGUUGGACGAUAUCGAGAUGAUUUUUGGGAUCGUGAAUAAACCUAGUUUGGGGUUCAAAGUCAAGUUGGAGAAAAAAUGUAAUUUUGAAAUUUGAAUAAAAUAAAAUAAAAUGCCACCACGAAAUGAUAACUCCUACUGACUGCGCCAAGUUUUUAAUAGAUAAUUUAGGUGUAAAUUACUGAGGAAGAUAUUAUAGAAAAAAAUUUACUCUGACAAAAAUGUUUCAAAAUUU